AUGCUGUACUUCAUUCUCAUUUUCGUUCAAACCACUAUCUUCAUUGACACAUCGUUUCUGUACAAAGCCAAUCGUAGUUCGGAGAGAGUCUUCGACUGUUUUCAUGUAGAUACUAUCGAUGAUUUUCACCGUCAAGAAAAACCAUUACUACGAACGAAUUAUUUGGUACCUUACUGUCGACGUUUACUACCAACGGAUGCAGUCAACGAAGCUGAAGGAUAUAUAGAAAACAACCAUACAUUCAAAUCGUUACGUUUGCAGGAAAUUGCCAGUGAAGAUCUCUUGAAAUGGUCAAUAACAAUUGAUGUGAUCGAGCAGUAUGCUGUGUACCUUGAUACGAACGAUACAGAAUUCGAUGAGUUUAUAUUUAAUAACUGUUCAUCGUUCUGGUUUGGUUCUCGUUGUCAGUAUACGUUUGCUUUGAAUACUUCGAUCGAAUCAUUUAACGACUUGGUCAGUGCUUCAUUGCAAAAUCGUGAAAAAUAUAAGGAAAAUCUUACAAUCCAUGCAUGUUACUCGUAUAUGUAUGGAUGUUAUCGCGGUCCUGAUCCGAUGUGUUUAGAUUGGCGUGAGAUAUGUGAUGGGAAAAUUGAUUGUAUUGGAGAUCACUUUGGUAUAGACGAAGAAUACUGUUAUGAGCUUGAAAUAAAUGAAUGUCACGACGAUGAAUACCGAUGCCAUAAUGGUGCACAAUGUAUCCCCCUCGAAUUCUUUCGCGAUGGUCACACAAGUACGGAUUGUUUAGAUGGAACGGAUGAAUCUCGAAAGCCUCGUCGAUUGAAUAAUUUUGAUAAUACUGAUCAUUCUGUAUGUAUAAAUUCAAUGAGAUUCGCUUGUGAAGAACGAACAUGUCGUUCUCCGCGAUACUUUUCCUGCGGCGACGGAAUUUGUAAAGAUUGGUAUCCGAACCAUAACCUUGUCACUUACACGCUAGAUUCUUGUAAAAAUACAGGCCGCUUUGCUUCGUACAGUCGAGCAAUUCAUCAAUAUAGACAGGAAUACACACCUGACUGUUACAAACUGUUAUUCUGUAAACUUCGGUUUUAUUCCAUUCUGACAAAUGAUACAUAUACUGAAGAAGAUUGUCUAUCUGAAGACUGGCGCACGUCGUUUAAUUGCACGGAAGAAUAUCUAUCAUUUCCUAUUCAACCAAUUUUCUCCGGUUACUUUCAACCUGUAUACUCAGUAAAGAAUCUUAUUCAAAGCUUUCCCGGCUACGUACAACCUGCCUAUAUUUGUAACAAACCUCAAGUCUGUUCUUACUUACCGAAGGCUACAACUCAAAUGAAUGGUUUAGACUGUCGCCGAUUUCAAGCGAAUCAUUUGGAAUCUUUAUACUUAGAAUCGGAUCUGAGCAAGGCUGCUAGGGUGUGCGCUUUGAUGGGUAAUAUCAACACGUAUGCAUCGAAUUCUUCGUCUUUAUACUAUUGCGAACAUUCGCUUAGAUAUAUUUCAAAACAUCGUCUCAUUGACGGAGUUGAAGAUUGUCACAAUGAAGAAGAUGAAACCUAUCCAAACAGUUGCUCAUUGAAUGACACUCAACGCUUUACGUGUACAUCCGAACACAAAUGUUUGUCACCUGUAGGUAUUGGUUUUGAUCCACCUGAUUGCAGAGAUGAAGAAGAUCAAACUGUUGAAAGUGACCAGAUGUCUGUCUAUCCACGUCUUUGCAACGGUAUUCCCGAUUUUAUAUCGGAAGGUCAAGAAUCAGAUGAAACUAAUUGCCAAUGGUGGCCUUGUUUUACUCCGUAUACUCGAUGUGACAAUUACUUUCAAUGUUUGAAUGGCAUUGAUGAAAGGAACUGUCCCCGUGUGAGCUGUGGUUCCAAUGAAUACAAGUGCGACAUUGUCAAUUCAACUGAUUAUUAUUGUAUCUCACAAGAAUACGUCUACGAAUUACGUCUGAAUUGUACUGAACCGCAGAUGAAUGGUAGGCUGUGUCGAGAAAUAUAUUAUUCGGACAAUCUCACUGUGAAUAUCAAUCAUGAUUAUGUUUCAUGGAAAAACAAAACCUGUUUGACAGAGAAAGAUAUUUGUAAUUAUUCACCAGUUAAUGACGAGAAUUCAUUCUGUCCGAAUGUUGAAACAACACACGUUUAUAUAUGUUCGGCAGUUCUCUUUAAUCCGUACAAGAAUGGAACAACAUGCACGUUAACAACUGGUGAAUUUUAUCUACGUAAUUCGUAUUUGUUUUCCACGUGGAACUUAGGAUAUUCACCGACUGUUAUUAACAAAUCCUCGCUACUAGCUCAACAGUCGGGUAACAUUUCAGCAAAGAAACCUCUCGUGGUCAAUACACCCAAGGAAUUAAUCGAACACUGCAAUCGAGGACUAGUCAUAUACGAAGGCAAAUCAUACGAACCGAAGUGUUUAUGCCCGCCGAAUUAUUUCGGUGAUAGAUGUCAAUGGCAAAAUCAACGCGUCAGUUUAACGCUUCAAUUACGUGCAUUGGGCCCAUAUGGACAAAAAUUAACGAGAUUUCAUGUGCUUAUCUACCUAAUAAAUGAUGAAGAUGAAAUAAUCCAUGAUUAUGCACAUAUUUCUUAUAUACCAUCGAUUGAUUGUAAUACAAAAUAUAAUCGUUAUUUACUUUACCCAACCCAACCCAAGGAUACAAAUUCGACUUACUCAAUCCGUAUCGAUGCGUAUGAUAGCAUCACGCGCAACCAUUAUGCUAGUUGGCAUUUGGCGAUUCCGUUCCCAUUCUUACCAGUCAAUCGUUUGUCAACGCAAAUUCGAAUGCCUUCAACAAGAUCUCAAUCACCAGACAACUGUUCAAUCGAUUGCGGAAUCCAUGGCAAAUGUUACGAUUACAUCAAUUCAAUUGGAUCAUUUUGCCUUUGUGAUUCAGGUUACUCCGGUCGUUUUUGUAACUUAACCUAUUCAUGUUCGUGUUCACUCGAUUCUCUCUGUUUGAAUGCAUCGAUCUGUUUCUGUCCACUGGAUAAAUUCGGUCCCCGAUGCUAUCUACAGCACACGUUAUGCCAAAGAAAUCCAUGUAAAAACAACGGUCGAUGCAUGCCUGAUUAUCAUUCCGAGAACAAACAAGGAUUCGUCUGUUUAUGCAUCGAUGGUUACACAGGAACCUACUGUGAGCAUCAAUCAACGAGUAUUGCUUUGACUUUCAAGGUAGACCUGAUCCCAUCGUUUGUUUUCGUUCACACAAUAACAUCAUUUGAUCAGAAAACGCACGAACGGAUGACAACGUUCCAGAAGAUUCCUUUCGAUCAAGACUCAACGGUAGUGUACAUAAAACAAGCCUUUCACUUACUCUUCAUUGAGUUUUCGAGCAAUUACUAUCUGAUUCUUACCCGAGAAGAACACAUUCCAUCUGAACAUGUAACUGUGGACUUAACAGCCAAUCAUCAAUGUAUAAACAUAAUGGAUCUAUUGAAUUCAACCAUCAUGAACUACACAAAUCUUCGUCGAUUAAAAUACUACCAGCUGCCAUGUUUAUCGAAUCCAAAUCUACAAUGCUUCUACGAUGAGAAGCAUAUAUGCAUAUGCGAUCGAAGUCGAUUCUCGAAUUGUUUUGAAUUCAACCACACGAUGUCCUACGAUUGUCAACAAUCUGACUAUUGUGAAAACAAAGGUGAAUGUUUUCAAGAUAACGCCACGUGUCCGACGAUGGCACAAUGCAUGUGCAAGAAAUGUUACUAUGGAAGCAAAUGUCAAUUAACAACGGAAGGAUUUAGUUUAUCGCUUGAUGUCAUAUUUGGAUAUCGUAUAAAACCGUUUGUGCCGUUUUUUAGACAGCCGAUAGCAGUAAAAGUUACUGCAGCAGUUACCAUGAUCAUGUUUAUACUAGGUCUACUGAAUGGAUUAUUGUCGGUAUUAACUUUUCGACGGAAAAUUGUACUUCAGAUGGGAUCUGGAGUAUAUCUAUUAAUCAAUUCGGUUAUUUCGUUGUUGACAAUUACGGUUUUCACAAUUAAAUAUUGGCAAUUGAUCGCGUUUCAUACAAAUUAUAUAACUAAUCGAUCAUUGAUUCAUUUCAGUUGUAAAUUAACUGAUGUAUUAUUGAAAACUCUUCUCAGUUCAGGCGACUGGUUGAGCGCGUGUGUCGCCAUCGAACGAGCAUUUAUCAGCAUACAAGGAAUAAGAUUCAAUAAAUCAGCAAGCAAACGAAUUCCCAGAUACGCCGUUCCACUGUUACUCUCGUUAACUGGUAUUUCUUAUAUUCACGAUUUGAUAUUUCGUGAAUUAUUCGAUGAUAAUGAUGAAGAUAGAAUCUGGUGUACUGUUAAAUAUUCACCCGGAGUAAAAGUUUUCAAUAGAUUUAUCAAUAUUUUUCAUUUUUUAACACCGUUUAUUAUUAACUGCUUAUCGGCAGCAAUCAUUAUUAUUCAAAUGUUUCGCAUACGCCGACAAGUCGAAACCAAAUACUCACUGACAACACUUCUCUACGUCCAAAUUCAAGAGCAUAAGCAUCUUCUCAUUUCAUCAUGCAUUCUAAUUGUGUUGAAUAUCCCUCGUUUGGUCAUUUCAUUCCUAACUGGAUGUAUGGAAUCCGCACGCAAACCAUGGCUAUUUCUAAUCGGUUAUUAUAUAUCAUUCGUUCCACCGUUGCUGAUUCUCGUCAUAUUUGUCUUGCCUUCUGAGAAAUACAAACAAGAAUUUCGUGUGAUUGUAAGAAAACUACUCGCUUUCAAUCGGCGUGACGUAACAACGUAA